AUUAAGACUAGCAUCAUUAGCAAGCAAGGAUCAUUCUACUGGUAUUAGUACAACAGUGGACGCUGAGGAAGAGAAACAAGUUCACAUUAGAGACCCCGAGGUGAAGGAAUAACCAUAGUGGCCGGGAGGAAAUCUGACGAUCGCACAAGAUCAUGAUGUCAGAAACCGAACAGCAAUUUAUGGAGACAUCCGAAAAUGGCAACGAAGUGGAAGAACAUUUCAAUAGCGAAGAACCCGUGGAACAGCUAGAGGAGGAAGAAGAAACGGCUAUCGAAAAGGUAGAAGACGCAGCAGAAGACGCCGCAGAAGAGGCAGAGGUAGCGUUAGAAGCAGAGCCCGAGGGAGACGCAGAAGGAGACGCAGACGCAGAAGAUUCUCAGAAUGGAACAUCAGAAGGCGGGCAGAUUGACGCUAGCAAAGGCGAAGAAGACGCGGGUAAAAUGUUUGUUGGAGGACUCAGUUGGGACACCAGCAAGAAAGAUCUGAAAGAUUACUUCUCAAAAUUUGGAGAGGUCACUGAUUGUACGAUCAAAAUGGACUCAAAUACAGGGCGUUCAAGAGGAUUUGGUUUUGUUCUCUUCAAAGAAGCAGCCAGUGUUGAAAAGGUGUUGCAACAAAAGGAGCAUAGGUUAGAUGGACGACAGAUUGACCCCAAGAAAGCCAUGGCGAUGAAGAAGGAGCCGGUAAAGAAGAUAUUUGUUGGUGGCCUUAACCCUGAGACAGAAGAGGAAAAGAUUAAAGAGUAUUUUGGGACCUUUGGAGAGAUUGAAACCGUUGAAUUGCCACUGGAUCCCAAGUCGGAGAAAAGGAGGGGGUUUGUCUUUAUCACAUACAAAGAUGAGUCUCCUGUCAAAAAGGUCCUGGAAAAGAAGUUUCAUCAUGUUAAUGGAAGCAAGUGUGAAGUAAAAGUGGCCCAGCCUAAAGAGGUCUAUCAGCAGCAGCAGUUCGGUAGCCGUGGGGGUGGCUAUGGAGGAGGAAGAGGAGGAAGGGGGCGUGGUGGACAAAACCAGAACUGGAACCAGGGCUACAAUAACUACUGGAACCCUAGUGGUUAUGGCAACCAGGGCUACGGUUACGGCAGUCAACAGGGCUACGGCGGCUAUGGACCUUAUGGCCAGUAUGACUAUUCAUCUGGUUACUAUGGCUACGGAGGCUAUGGCUACAACCAGGGCAAUACAAACUAUGGGAAAAGUCCAAGACGUGGAGGCCACCAGAGUAGCUACAAGCCAUACUGAUCACAUGUAGUGCAGGACCUAAAUGAUCAUGUGACGGCAGGAGGCCUGCAGUGCAAGCAGCAUGGAUGGAGUGGAGGGGUGACGGGGACCUGACUUUUACCUUACAGAUGAACAGACUCACACCUCAUUUGUACAGACAGACAGACAAUUGGGGAAGCAAAUGUCACUUCUCCUCUUUUUUUUUGUUCACAUUUCCAAUGAUGGAAGUGUUAUUUUUACUGUACUUUUUGGUACCUCUAUGAAUUUAAUGUAUGUUUUUUUUUUUUCCUUUUUUUUUCGUUUGUAUUUUUCAUGUCCUGGAUUUACAGUCGAGAUUGAGAUCCGUCAACGUUUUUAGAAAAAAAAAAAAAAAAAUAAAACUUUUGACAUUUAUCUAGGUUUCCUUUUUCCCUGGUGCUGUGAGGUGCAUGGCUGAGUGCUUUAGCGAAGAAACUGUUGAGUUUUUGUCAUGGAAAAGGGAUUUUGAGUUAACAUUAAUAUAAGUAAUAUGUGAACGGGGGGGCAUCCUAAGUGGAAAACAAAGAGUAAUUGGAUUGCAGUACUAUAUUUGACAUAAGUUGACUUAAGUUUCUAAUUGUUUUUGAUCCUGCUUUAUGUGGCUUUGAUAAAUAGUGCAAUUGAAGUUUCUUCUCUGCUCUAAAGAGUGGGCUGCUGCCCAACUGGAAUUUUCUUUUAGUGUCAAGUUAGAAAUAAACAUUUGAUUAUAAUA